CGACGUCUGCGAAGAUGGCUGCUGCGUCUUCACCUGAUUCCGACAGCGGCCUAGCUGAGAGCAAUGAGGCCAAUUCGAAAUGGCUGGACGCGCACUACGACCCCAUGGCCAACAUCCAUACCUUUUCCGCCUGCCUGGCCCUGGCAGAUUUGCACGGGGACGGAGAGUACAAGCUGGUGGUGGGAGAUCUUGGCCCUGCUGGGAAGCAUCCCCGUCUGAAGGUGCUCAAAGGACCAACAGUGCUGGCAGAAAACCCAUUGCCUGCUCUGCCAGCUGCUGCUGCUGCCUUCCUCAUGGAGGAACAACACGAGACCCGGACUCCAGCUCUGGCACUUGCUUCAGGCCCUUGUGUCUAUAUAUAUAAGAAUCUUAGGCCCUACUUCAAGUUCAGUCUUCCCCCUUUAUCUUUAAACCCUCUGGAACAAGACCUUUGGAACCAAGCUAAGGAGGACCGGAUAGACCCCUUGACCCUGAAAGAGAUGCUGGAGGGCAUCCGGGAGAAGGCAGAGGUGCCUUUGUCUGUACAGUCACUCAGGUUUCUACAUCUAGAGCUGAGUGAAAUGGAGGCAUUUGUGAACCAACACAAGUCCAAGACCAUCAAGCGGCAGACAGUCAUCACCACCAUGAUCACCUUGAAGAAAAACCUGGCUGAUGAGGAUGCCGUGUCAUGCCUGGUGCUGGGCACUGAGAACAAAGAGAUCCUAGUACUGGACCCUGAAGCCUUCACYAUUUUGGCCAAGAUGAACCUUCCCAGCGUCCCAGUCUUCCUGGAGGUUUCUGGCCAGUUUGACGUAGAGUUCCGGCUUGCAGCUGCCUGUCGAAAUGGGAACAUCUAUAUCCUGAGAAGAGACUCCAAGCGCCCCAAGUACUGCAUUGAGCUGAGUUCCCAGCCUGUGGGGCUUGUCCGGGUACACAAGAUUCUGGUGGUGGGCAGCACCCAAGAUAGUCUACACGGCUUUACUCACAAGGGUAAGAAAUUGUGGACUGUACAGAUGCCUGCUGCCAUCCUGACCAUGAACCUCCUAGAGCAGCGUUCCCGGGGUCUACAGGCUGUCAUGGCAGGGCUGGCCAAUGGAGAGGUCCGUAUUUACCGUGACAAGGCUCUGCUCAACAUUAUCCGCACCCCGGAUGCAGUGACCAGCCUUUGUUUUGGCCGCUAUGGGCGGGAGGACAACACCCUUGUCAUGACUACUCGAGGUGGUGGCCUGAUAAUUAAGAUCCUGAAGCGCACAGCAGUGUUUGUGGAGAGCACAGGUGAGGUGGGCCCCCCACCAGCCCAAGCCACAAAACUUAAUGUGCCCCGAAAGACUCGGCUCUACGUGGAUCAGACACUGAGAGAACGGGAGGCUGGCACUGCCAUGCACCGGAGCUUCCAGACAGACCUCUACCUCCUGCGCCUCCGGGCAGCCCGCGCCUACGUGCAGGCCCUUGAGUCCAGCCUGAGCCCCGUGUCGGCCACAGCCUGGGAACCACUCAAGCUGCAUGCUGUGGUCCAGGGCCUGGGGCCCACCUUCAAGCUCACGCUUCAUCUGCAGAACACCUCAACAGUCCGCCCUGUGACAGGGCUGCUGAUCUGCUUCCUGUACAACGAGGCACUCUAUGCCCUGCCUCGGGCCUUCUUCAAGGUCCCCUUGCUGGUGCCAGGGCUCAGCUACCCCCUGGAGACCUUUGUGGAGAGUCUCAGUAACAAGGGCAUCUCAGACGUCAUCAAGGUACUGGUGCUCCGGGAAGGCCAGAGUGCACCCCUGCUGAGUGCCUACAUCAACAUGCCUGUGAGUGAGGGUCUGGAAGCCGCCUGAGCC